AUGGCAAAAGCAUACACUCAGGAUGAAUUUGACAGUCUAGUGGAAAAGGUGAAGAAGGCAGAUAUUCGGGUGAAAGAAUACUUGGAAUUAGCUGGAUACGAUAAGUGGGCUAGGUUGUAUGAACCUGUUAACCGGGGAUGGACUAUGACGUCAAAUAUUGCCGAGUCAAUUAAUUCUGCACUUGUAUCUGUAAGAGAAUUGCCAAUAUACGACUUCCUAGAAGAAGUUAGGAAGAUGUUUGGAUGUUGGAAUUGCAGCAAUCGAAAAGAAGCUUCACACAUGUACACAACGCUUGAAAAAAAAAUGCCAGGAGAUCCUUACAUUGAAUAA